AGAGAGUUACAUACCAGGGAAGUAAUAAGAGGAGCCCUGUGUUAGGUGUGAGCGGUGCCCGCAGACUGCAAUGUGAGCAUCUCCCACACUCAUGAUAGAAAGAUGCAGUAGCUGAUUGUCACGACAGCAAGUGGAUAAAGUUCUCAGUAGGGCAUCUCUCCCUCUCUUGUCUUCUUUAAUCCAACUGCUGGAAGUAGCUGGGGGAUCAGUUUCAUGCUUUGUCACUCCUGGAUGUGGGCGGAGGAAAUAAACCCAUUGUGGAAACCUAUAAAAAGAAAGAAGCUGAGGUCAUUAAAGACCAAAGAGAAAGGGGAAGCCAGGGAGACUGAGAAGCACAUGGAGUGUUCCUAUGUGUGUUACUGCACAGUGAGCUCUCAGCUGCAUGCAGAGCACAGCAGGUCCUGUACAUCAUCAGUGCUGGCUCUGUGCUGGCCAAGCUGCCUCUCACACUGAUAGGGACAGGGGGAUCUGGUUCCCACUCUCCAGCAUCUUAUCACACAUCUGCUCACCUGGCUCCCUGGCUCAGCACACGCUGGACGCUGGAUACUGCCACUUAGAGAACACGCAAUCUAUUUUCUGGAUUCCCUUCAUGGACUUUUUCAAAACAAACAAAAAUCUGAUACACCUGGUUCUACUGAAGAACUGCUCUGACUGCUACAACUGUAACGUCUGAGAGCAGCUCAGCUAUUAUUGUUACAUCUUACUGGAAGUUUUAUACAUUUUGAUAACUUUUGCAAUUUCACAUCCAUGCAUGCAAACAUCCCGGCGUCCUGUUUCAUCAGUUACUGCCUGCCUUAAGCUCUUGAGGUUGUCUCUCAUCUAGAGAGGACAGACCCCACAGAUCCUCUUGUCUGUGACAUCUGGAGAAUUGGGUCACUAAGUGGAGAAGGAUGAACAUGUUUUUCCUCGGUGGGAGUGGAGAGUGCUGUUGCCUGCUACCUCUGCUGGCUACACUGCUGCUGAUGGUGGUGGUGGAGGGGACCCAGGUAGACAUAUCCAGGUCCAAGGCUAAUUCCAUCAAAUCCAUUCUGGUGGUUCAGGCUCCAACCCUGGCGACCAACAGGUCUAUGAGUGUCCAGUAUGGAGUGUCGCACAAGAAAGGGAAAAGCCUUGGACAGGCAUAUCCGUGCAUUAGUGAUAAAGAGUGUGAAGUUGGAAGAUACUGUUACAGUCCUCACCAGGCUCCUUCUUCCUGCAUGGUCUGCAGAAGAAAGAAGAAACGUUGCCAUAGAGAUGGCAUGUGCUGUUCUGGGAAUCGCUGCAACAAUGGCAUUUGCAUCCCGGUUGCUGAAACCAUCUUGACUGCUCUUAUACCCGAACUUGAAGGACGUCCAAAAAAAAACAAUCACAUGUCUAAUAAGGAUCUAGGGUGGCAGAAUCUUGGAAGACAUCAUUCUAAAAUACCCCAUAUAAAAGGACAUGAAGGAGAUCCUUGCCUAAGGUCCACCGACUGCAUUGAAGGCUUUUGCUGUGCUCGUCACUUCUGGACCAAAAUUUGCAAACCUGUGUUACGUCAAGGAGAGGUUUGCACAAAAUUGAGAAAAAAAGGAUCUCAUGGUCUGGAGAUAUUUCAGAGAUGCGACUGUGCGAAAGGCCUGUCUUGUAAAGUAUGGAAAGAUGCCACAUAUUCUUCAAAAUCAAGACUACACAUUUGCCAGAAAACCUAAGCAUUUUUAGAGGAGCCAUUGUCCCAGACUGUAAGUUUUCAGAAUGGUACAAGAUGGGCACAUAUAUUAAGGACAUCAGUACUGAGGAAAAAAAACAUUGAACUUAAAGGGAAUAUAUAUAUUUUGAACUGGAGCUAUUGGAGCUUUCCUGUGUAAAUAAACAUUUUGCGACGGUGACAUUUCUUAAAAAUGACAUUUACUAUUGUAACAGUGCAUGCUCACUGAUUUUACAAAAUGUAUGAUCAAUAUCUAUGUUGAAAUAUUCUCUGUUUGUGUAUUCUGUCAGAAUGCUUUAACAAAAUCCAAACAUAUUUUUUGAGUUUCCUGUGCAUUGGCAUUGUGGUUCUUUACAUAAUAAAAGGAGCAGAUCUUGUCAAGGGAAUACAUCUAUAGCAUUUUCUUAUGAUGAUCAAUCAUACCAGAUCACAAUUACAUUAUAUCCUGUUCUUUGUCAAGAAAGUCUUUUAGAACACAGAUAUUUGGCUCAGCCAAUUACUGGCAACUACCAUGUGCAUUUGAGAGCUCAAUUAUGAAUACCAGAUCUAUGGAAGUUAGAUAUUGCUCAAUCUGUGCCGAGCAGAUCAUUAUUAUUAAAUUACACUAAUUAGGAGGAACGCAUGCCUGCUUAACACAGAGUUCAUUGUAAAGUUUAAAAAUGGUUAGUGCACAUGUGUUUGGUGUCCGUUCUAACUUUCUACAGUGGUUCCUUGUGGUUUACAAAAAUUAACAUUAUGAGAACAUGGUAUUAAAAAUGACUGCAAGGCAGCGUAUUAUAAUUUACAAGCAAAGACAAUAUCAUCAUAGGGGGAGUUUUGCUAGAGUAAAAUCUGAAGAGUGUACACAGGAUUACAGGAGAUAUUGAUGGCUGCUUUGUCUUUGCACCCAUCCCUUAUUGAAUUAUAUUUGUUUUUGUUUUGUUUUUUGUUUUUUACUCUUCACAGUUAUUUAUACUGUCAAAUAUAAAAGUACAUGUGUCUGUCCAGUUUUGAUCACUGGCUUUAAAAAAAAUAAAAUAUCUAUAUGUGU